CAGCGAGCUGCGCCGCCUGCUCCCUGUGUGUUUCACUGUUGUUCAACGCUAACGGAGAGCAAACACAUAUUCAGUGUUUUUAAUGGAAAACAGAUCAAAUAUCUGCUCAUAAAGCCAUAGAGGAGGACGAGGAGGAGAGGAAGAGCUGCAGAGAGAAGCGGAGACACGGGAGGAGAAGGAGAGGAGGAGGACAGGGAGGAGAAAUCGGAACAGUAUAAUGCUGCAGAUUUGACUGAAAGAUGUCCGACAUUACCGUGGAAGCGACCACCAUGCUCCCCAUCCUCAAGAAGAAACUGGCCUUUCUUUCAGGGGGCAAAGAUCGGCGCAGCGGUCUGAUCCUGACCAUCCCUCUCAGCUCAGAUCAGACCAGCAUGGAGGAGCUCAGCGCCACACUGGACUACCUGCUCAGCAUCCCCAGUGAGAAGUGUAAAGCUCGCGGUUUCACCGUUAUCGUGGACGGACGCAAGUCUCAGUGGAACAUCGUGAAGACUGUGGUGCUCAUGCUGCAGAAUGUGAUUCCAGCCGAGGUGUCGCUGGUCUGUGUGGUGAAGCCAGAUGAAUUCUGGGAUAAGAAGGUCACACACUUUUGCUUCUGGAAGGAGAAAGACCGCCUGGGCUUCGAGGUGAUCCUCGUUUCGGCCAAUAAGUUGACUCGUUACAUAGAGCCCAGUCAGCUGACGGACGAUUUUGGAGGAAGUCUGGACUACGACCACAACGACUGGCUCAACAAGAGACUGGUUUUUGAGAAGUUCACCAAGGAGUCGACGUCACUGCUGGACGAGCUGUCGAUUAUCAACGAUAGUGACAAGAGCAGCUCGGUGGACAAGGAGAAAUCAGCUGACUGCGCCCUCCUGCCGUCCUUCGACCCCGAGACUGUCCUUCAGACGGGUCAUGAGCUGCUGUCGGAGCUGCAGCAGCGUCGUUUUAACGGCUCGGAGGGAGGAGGAGGAGGACAGGGAGGUCCGGCCUGGUGUCCCAUGGAGGAGGAGCUGCUGGCUCAGCCUCAGGUGAUGAAGCUGCUGGACUCGCUCAGGGAGCAGUACACCCGAUACCAGGAGCUCUGCAGGCAGCGAAACAAACGCACCCAGCUGGACGAAAUCCACGCCAAGGUCAUGCAGGUAACGCUAACACACAAGAACAGGUGUAUGGACAGCUGUGAGUCUGUGUCUACCAAGCAGCAACGUCAGGGCUCAAAAAAGAAGCCAAUGUGCAAAAAACUGCAGUUCCUCUGA